AUGUCCAAACGCCCACUCUGGGAUGUUGGCUACAGUCCUCGUAAUUCGGAUGUACAAGUCCUACUGCGAAGCCGACGCAAUCUGGUUGAGCGAAGUAAAGAUUGGCAGAUGAGGCUGAACACUGUCAAGGACACGACCGAAAACUCUCCUGACGCUGACAGCUGGUCCUCAACGCAAUCCUCUACCGGUAUCAUGACUCCGACUACAGAAGACUGGAGCGACAUUGACAGCAUCACGAGCGACACUACAGAGUCUCCCAACGAUACUCCCUUAACCUUCUCACGACAGGAGGUGGAAGGCAUGAGAGAUCUCGCCAAUACAUUCGCUCAAUCACUUGACAUGUUCUUGAAUGAGUCUCCUGUGGAGAGAUUCGCAACUUCUGUCCUGAGCACAGAGAGGUCUGCGUCUUCAUAUGACCAAUGCAAGAAGUUCAUGGAGGAUCUCAUGGAGACCCUGCACCCAGAAGAAGAACGCUCCAACAAGAUUGUCAAAGAAGACAAGAAGGACGAGUCCAAGGACGAAGCAUUCGAGGCGAUCGUGAGCAGCAUGGAAGCCGAUAUCACAACGGCAGACAUCGCCAGGCUGGUGUUCCUGUGGACGAAAACCUUUUCGAAUCUCCACGCAUCGGACGACCGAGAUAUGUCGCUCUCGAGUAUGCCGGCUCUGCAACACAGGCACGAUCUGAUAAGAAUACCAGAGUCACGUCUAUAUGCAAGCUUGACCGGAUCUGCUGCCGCAUGUGUCGAGAUUGGGCACCAAAUCAAGCACUCGCACGAUAUCAAGAAGUCGACGGCAUGUAUACAGUUUGGGCUCGACUAUCUGGGAGAUGAAUUCUACGGCAUGCGAUCAGCGUUUCAAGAAAUCAAGCAUACCUGGGCUCAUCCUACCGGUCAGAGGCUUUGGACCGCAAAUGCCACAAAGACCGUCAAGCACGCGCAGCAAGUCGCUCAAGACGUAGCCAAAGCUCUUCAAGAUGUCAUUCGGCAGUGCGAUACCUGGGAUGUUGUGGCUCCAGAUCAUUUCCACUAUCAACUGCAGGCAUUUGAGAUCNUUUUGCAGAAACAAGAGCUGACUCUCAACCUCUUGGGCAUGGUUAUGUAUGUGCUUUCGCCAUGCGAGCCGCCGACAUUCCNNCCCCUGUACGGCCUCCGAAAGAGUUUAGAAGAACUACAGGAAAUGCAGGCAAAGUUGCUGAGGGUUGCUUCGCUGGAUCCAGACUACAAGGACAUCAACAUCGAGGAAAUCUCGGAGAGGAUACCUGAUACUGAGAACUGGUCCUACCCAGAUCAUACCAUGGGCAAUACGACUCCGACUGAAGAUUGGAGUUAUGUCUUCCACCGUAACGAUACUGGAAGCGGCCCUAUGGAUUAUUCGUUCUUACCAAUUCCGGGAAGUCAUUCUACAAAGCUGGCCAAGCGUCGACAAAGGAAAGACAGUGGAGUUCGUGCUCUUGAGGAAAUGUUAGAUAAGUUCGGGGAUGAGAGCAGACUGGACAGCGAUCGGCCANGAGGAGGUCAUGAGCUCCAGGAAAGGGACCUUGCAAUGCUGGCCUUCCAUUGGACCAAUGCUGAGGUCUUCGCAUGCUUCCAGAGAAAGGAUUUGACAUCUAUUUGA